AUCCAUUAUCCAUCUCGGUUCCUCUUCACGCGAUCGCAGUUAGACCGAUUAAACACGCGGAGCUAAAUGCAUUUUUCAUCAAAAUAUCUCCAUGGAAUCAGGGUCAAGUGCGUCUAGCUUCUAAACGACGUCACAGCUCUUCGCCUUGUUAGCAUGUGGGUUGCGACUAUUUCCUGGCAGUCGAUUAGGGCUCCGGCUAUUUCCUGGUACACGUUGGCCUAUUUGGUGCCAAAUGGUGGAUGUAUGUGAAGGUCUCGACACGAGAGAGGACGUGUUCGGAUACAGCGGCCCAAGACUUUCGCCUUUUUCAUAGUCUUUCUGCGCAUUUUUUAUUUAUAUAUAUAUAUAUAUAUAAAUAAAUAAAGAGCGAGAGAGGCCCCCCUCCUCCUUCCUCAUCUUCCUCAUCCUCCUCGUCGUCACACAGCACCCGAGAAGAAGCCUGCUGCCAUCGAUACAAGACCAGCGGCACUCAUCGACAUCGUUCACUGCGCCUCUUGGGACGAUCAGCGUUGUGUUUAUGUCUUUAUUUUGCGAAAACGAGCUGUUGCGCAGCCGUUGGAACCUGUGUGGUGGAAACUUAGCCUUCAAGCGGGGAGCUUGCGGCCACGGCGGCACGGCGUUUUUCAUGUCAGAGACCGAGCGCGCUUGCAGUCGUUUAUGUCAUCCCCUCUUUUCCAGACAGAAGAUCCCGGAAAGUCCCCAAUCACGAUCCUCUUAUCUUGCCGAUAGUAGCGCCGCCCGCGUCGUCCCGCCAACAUGUCUGUCAACGUCAACCGCAGCGUGUUGGACCAGUUCUACCGCUACAAGAUGCCCCGUCUGAUCGCCAAGGUGGAAGGCAAAGGGAAUGGAAUCAAGACGGUCAUUGUCAACAUGGUCGAUGUUGCAAAGGCGCUGAACAGGCCUCCAACAUACCCGACCAAGUUUUUUGGCUGUGAACUCGGCGCUCAAACCCAGUUUGAUACCAAAAACGACCGCUACAUCGUCAACGGCUCGCACGAGGCCAACAAGCUGCAGGACAUGCUGGACGGGUUCAUCAGAAAGUUUGUGCUGUGCGCCGAGUGCGACAACCCAGAAACUGAUCUGAACGUCAAUCCCAAGAAGCAAACCAUCGGCACCUCCUGCAAGGCGUGCGGGUACCGCGGCAUGCUCGACACCAGACACAAACUCUGCACCUUCAUUCUCAAAAACCCACCAGAGGCCAGCGACAGCGGCUCUGCCACCGCCAAAAAGGAGAAGGAGAAGAAGAACCGCAAGAAGGACAAGGAGAACGGCUCUGGAAGCGGAGAGGCCGGAAACCAGGAGAACUUCGACGCUCCCGACGCCGUGGACGGAGAUGACGACGACGAGGACUGGGGGGAGGAGACCACCAAGGAGGCCCAGAGGAGGCGAAUGGAGGAGAUCAGCGACCACGCCAAGAACAUGACGCUCAGCGAAGACCUGGAGAAACCUCUGGAGGAGAGAGUCAACCUCUUCUACAACUUUGUCAAACAAAGGAAGGAGAGCGGCGCGGUGGACGCGGCCGACAAGGAGAUCCUGGCCGAGGCCGAGCGUCUGGACGUGAAGGCCAUGGGCCCGCUCAUCCUCAGCGAGCUGCUCUUUGACGACAACAUCCGCGAGCAGCUCAAGAAGUACAAUCGACACUUCCUGCGGUUCUGCCACAACAACAAGAAGGCCCAGAAGUACCUGCUGGGAGGCUUCGAGUGCGUGGUGAAGCUGCACCAAGUCCAGCUGCUGCAGAGAGUUCCCAUCAUCCUCAAAGACUUGUACGACGCAGACCUGCUGGAUGAGGACGUCAUCUUCGCCUGGGCUGAGAAGGUUUCCAAAAAGUAUGUCUCCAAGGAGCUGGCCAAAGAGAUCCACGCCAAGGCGGCGCCCUUCAUCAAGUGGCUGAAGGAGGCCGAGGAGGAGAGCGAGGGCAGCGACGAAGACGACCGCAACGUCGAGGUGGUUUAUUCCCCUUCGGCCCGCGAGCUCAAAGUGGAGGCGGUGAAAGCGGAAAAGCCGGAGAAGGAAGAGGAAGACAUCGAUAUCGACGCCAUCUGAGAAUAAUAUUGAUGAUGCUUUCUUGUUUUUGAGGCUUUGACUCCCAAUUUUGAAAUGGCUGAACCCCCCUCCUCCUGACCACCCUGUAACCAACCACCUGACCCCCCCCACCAACCUCUUUCCCCCGCUUGGAGGCAUGUUCACGUAAGCUAGCGCUAAACUAACCGGCUACACGUUGACGUCGGCGUGCGUCCGAGCCGUGACAAAACGCACCAGUGAUGCUGUGCUCGUUGUGGGCGAUUUUAAUCAUGCCUGUUUUUUGGGGAUCAUUGCAGUGCACUUUUUGUGGUCCCUCAUAUUUUUCCAAUCAAUAAAGAAAAUGAAUGUUUUGCUAUCCAUAA